AUGUGUAUGCGAGCAAAGAAUGAAAAAAUAUUUCUAAUUGCAAGUCAGUUCGAGCACAGAGGCCCGUUGAAAAUUGAAAAUGAGAAAGUAGAUCUUGAACAAGUGAAUGACGAGGAUGACACACGAGCAGUUGAAAAACAUUUUACAUUUGCUGAACAGCAUGAGGUGUUCGAUAUUGGACCGGAAAUUGAAGUUAUUCAUUAA